AUGGAUCGACGUACGGUAUUGAAGUCGACUCACAUACAGCAGAAGAUUGCAGAAAAAAAAGCAGAGUUGGAGAACUUGAAUGAAAUCAAAAGAUUCACUUCGAUUUUAACAAAUCAGUUAGAUGAACUAGAGAAUAAAUUGGAUUAUAUGGCAGAAGGCACAGAAAGUGUUGCAUUGGUUCUAUCUAAUUGGCAAAAUGUAGUUAAGUCCGUAUCUUUAGCAUCGCUAGGAUUGUUGAAAUAUAGUGAGAAAGAUUAUGAGACUGGAGCACCUCUACCUGAAUGCCUCGUGCGUAUAAAACUAGAUAAGGAUGACAAUGUGAGUGAAAACAUUCAAGAGAAGGAAGAGGUAGAAGAAGAGGGCUAUAUACUGGAUCAGCAGGCUGAGGAGAGUGAAAAUAUAAACGAAGAAGAUGAUAGGGAAGAAACACCACCAUCUUAUUCGGAUUAA